UCGCGCAUGCGCACUGCGAAACUCUCAUUUUUACAUUGUAAUUCGAAGAUGGAGAUGACGAUGGAGGUCGCUGUUCUUCUUGUGGCUGUUUUGUCUCUAAGUGGACAUGCGGCAGCCACUUGCCAAUUUAGUGAUGUAUCUACCUACACCACCACGGACAAGAUGAUGUCCAGUAAAACUGUUCUCAUCGCUGAAUUCAAAGCCAAAUGCUCUUCUGAUGCUGAGGCUAAAUUCUUUGCCGCUGUCGGUGAUGAUGUUCUUCCUGUCGUGGCAUCCACUGAAAGCAAUUCGUAUGAAGUGAGCUGGAGCGGUGAGCACAAGGCUGUCAAGAACGGUCCCUACACUGUCAACAUCUUGUCUGAAGAAGGAUUUGCCGCACUCAGAAGGGCACAAAGAAGUGGUGCUACAUCAGAUGUCAAGCCCCUGAAGUCCAUCACCAUUGAGCACCCUGGAUUGGCACGAACAAGUCUCUUCAUCCAAACCGAAUUCCUUGCUUUCAUCUCUGCUCUGUUGCUGUGGUGGGGUGCCAGCAGUCUGAAGUCAAAACUCAGUGAAUAGAUUCCUAGCCUCUUUUCUUUCAUGAAAUCAUUUCUACUAACCUAGCAUAUUCUCAUGUAUAUAGCAGUCAACGUUGCGCUUCUCAUCCGGUGUGUGCGAAUUUUAUUUGGUUACUCUACAAUUUUUAAUUUGUACAAGUCGUA